UAAGUAGUAGUUGGGCGUUGAGUUGACGCGGUGCUCCAGCUUGAGUGUCUGGCUCGCGUGGAGAGGUGAUUCCGGAACCGGAGGAAAGACACUCCCUAGUGAAGGAACCUGGGGUCUCACUCCCCUCCGGGUCAUGCCCCGUGUGUCUGACGGAGGUGGCUGCGAGGCAUCUCCUGGCGAAGGAACCGGCUCUCAUCUCCAUGUCUUUGGACUUCUUUCUGCAGCCUCUGGAUGGCGGUCCCCGGGUGCCCGUGGGGCCGGGGCAGACGGUGAUAGGCCGCGGGCCUCUGCUGGGAAUAACAGACAAAAAAGUAUCCAGAAGACAUGCCCUUCUAGAGGUGGUGGACAAUCAGCUUCGAAUCAAACCAAUCCAUGCGAAUCUGUGUUUCCAUCAGUCCUCUGAUAAGAGCCAGCUCUUGCCAAUGAAGACACAUUCGUGGUGCUGGUUGAAUCCUGGGGAUAGCUUUUCCUUGUUACUCAACAAGUACUCUUUCCGUGUUUUCUCUACACAAGCUGAAGAGGAAAUGGAGUGCACUUUACGGAACAGUCAAAUACUUGAUGAAGAUGAUGUGUUGAGUGAGAUGCAGAAGUCCCCUGUAAUCAAUUUACCUGAUAAGACAACUGGAACUUCACAGCUGCAAGGAAGCCCCGAAAUAACCAAGGGCAGGUGUACCGCCAUAGAGCCCAUGUCCUCUGCAGGUGCACGUGGGGACAUCUGUGAGCACCAGCUGCAACCCGCCCAGAGGAAAAGAAUCCUCCCAGCUUGGAUGUUAGCAGAAAGCUUAAGUGAUCAGAACCUUUCAGCACCUGCUAAGGGUGUAGAUAAGGAUGCUAUCCAGAGGAGUGGAAAACAAGGAACCUGCGAAGAUAAAACCCCAGUAAACAAAGAACAGCAUGGAAGAAAGAGAUUAAUUUCACCAGGAAAUUUGGAAAAUAUGUCAGCAGAACAGGAUCCUGGGAAAAAAUGUAAAAGUUCUGAUCAAGAAGGACUGGUUGUUUCAUCCAAGGAAGUUCCAGAAUCAUUGUCUUCGAUCACAUUAAGUGACACAGAUAUGGGUACCAUGAAGAUAAAUGAACUGAGUCAUGCAGUUCCAAUAGAGGAACUUGGAGAGGUCACUAACCACAAAGCCAUCAGCAAAGCAACAGCAAAUGAAGAGGGUGAGACAGUGAGGCAUCCUGAGAGUCAUUCAAGCGUCCAAAGCAAGUCACUCCCCGAGCCUUUGCAAGGAUUCCACCCUGAGUCCAGCCCUGCUCCCUCCGGUCCUGAUGCUUCGCACACAGUGGCUGGUUCAGUUCUAGGCACUUCAAAAGAAAGCAAGGUGCGGAGGGUGCCCUGCAUGUAUGGGGCUAACUGCUACAGGAAGAAUCCUCUCCAUUUUCAACACUUGAGCCACCCUGGUGAUAGUGACUAUGGAGACAUACAAGUCACAGAUGAAGGUGACAGGCCUGAGUGUCCCUAUGGGGCAUCUUGUUACAGGAAGAACCCCCAGCACAAGAUGGAAUACAGACACAGUGCACUUCCAGUCAGAGCUGCUGUAGAUGACCAUAGUGAUGAUGCUGGGCACCCCAGUGAGAACGACUUGAAUGACAGCUUCCCGGAAGACGAUGAGGAGGAAGAAGGAUACGAGCCGACAGAUGAGGACUCUGACUGGCAUCCGGGAAAGGACGAUGAGGAGAAGGAAGAUGUGGAAGAACUGUUGAAAGAAGCAGAAAGAUUUAUGAAGAGGAAGAAGUGACUUUCCUGCAAUAAUAAAGCUCACAUUUACCUUUUCUCUAUGGGAAACACCCAGACACUGAGUAGGCACUUCAGUAACCAUUUAACACCAGCCUUCAGUGAAGUAGGUGGAAGUUAUGCUUUGCCUAUUUUGGUGCCUGUUUAGUUCAUCUGUUAGUGGAAGCAGGUAAAGAGGUUAGGCAGGGAUUCAUAUUUUUUCAUAUACUUUAAACUCUGCUAAUAAAAACCAUAGGUAGUACACACCGUUGAUUUUUGUAGUAUCCUGUGUGAGCUUAGCCAGGUGAUUACAGAACGUGGAGCCCUACACUGCUGUUUAAAUAGUCCCUCACACAGCUAGACUUGACCAGUGUGACAGCCAGUGCAGUGUCUGUUAUUUUUCCAAUGCAUUAGAUGUGGCUUUGUGAUUUCAUUUACUGCUUUUGUCUGUUGAAUCCUGGGAAAGUUAUUAACAGAUGCUGAAAAUGAUCCUGUUAAGCUAUAGGGAAGUGGUGCUCACCUUCCAAGGAAAUGUGUUUACACAUCCCACAACUAUGGUUGUUUUCCCAUCAUCCCCCUCCUUGAUUACUUUGCUUGCACUGUGUAGCUUUACAUGUAGGAUGCCCAAAAGCUUCCAGUCAUGGUUUUCUCAGAGAGUCUCCUAAGCUUGGGUGAGAGGGAAAUGUUCUCUGCCAUGGUUAGGGUUCUGGCCUCUGAAGAAGCCCCUGCUCCAAGUUAAUGAGGUACAGUAUCUCCUCACUGCUGUCCUUGAACCAGACUCUCAGUAACUCUUUGCUUUAGGCAGCUUAGAGUUUCUAGGAGCUCAGUUUGCACUGUGAGUAGAGUCUGUGUAUACAGAGCUGGGGGUGCAUCAAGUCAUGAAGCAGCAAGAAAGUGCCUUGUCAUCAUUUAAGAAGAAAAAAUGCACACUUUAGAAGAACAAAAGGUGCCCAACAUGUUUUCUUAGUUUCUCCAUGUAAGUGUACAAUUUAAAUGUUACUUAAACCGAAGACAAACAAAAUAAAUAUUUAUACUACUAUCA